AUGGCCUUCGCCGCAUGGCUGGCGGGCGAGGCGGUGCACGGCGCAGGGCAGGCCGCGCUGCUGUGGGCAGCCCGCGGUGAGUGCCCAGCCUGCACGCGCGCGCCGGCCCUCACGUGCGCCCCUGGCCAGGAGGCGGCGCGCGUGGACUGCCCAGGCGGGUCCCCAGGGUGGGCGCUGUCAGCGGUGGCCCUCGCUGGCGUGACUGGCUUCGCUGGAGGGCUCCUGGCCGCGCGUCAGAGCGCGGGCCUGUGCCUCGUGAUGGCCAGCUUUGCAGCCGCCGCGGCGGCCAGUGGACACCCUUUGGCUCUGGACGGACUCGACGAGGGCGAUUUCAUCCUGGUGCUGUAUCGCGUGGGAGGUGGCCGGAUCUGGCACGAGCGCCUGAUCCUGGCGUUUCAGACGGUGCCGCCCUUCGGGACAGGGGUCUUGACUCCAGAUGGGCACGCCUACGUGGAGGCCAUCAUGCAGAACGGGGCGGACAUCAGGGAGUACGCGAUUCCCGCCGGCGCCGCAGUCGGCGCCGUGGCCGCCGCCACAGCUGGGGAUCAGGCGGCCCAGCAGCCGCGCCAGCUGGCGCCGCCGCCCUUGUGCCAGUGGCGGCCGCACCUGCACCUGCGGCAGGAGGAGCUCCAGCUGUCGUGCCUCUUGGCGGAGGAGGGGCGCCCCCCGCUGCUCCUGGCGCCCUUGGCGGCGCCGCCGUGGCGGUGCCGGCCCCUGGGCCUGCCGCCGCCCCCGCGCCUGCCGCAGGUGGUGGCCCUGGUCCUGGUGGCGCGGCCGCUGCUCUGGCCGCCAUCGCUGGCGCUCCAGGAGGCGAUGCUCGGAUUCAGUCGGUCGCCUUCGACGCGCAGGGGGUGGGAUAUGUGGACUUCCGAGCUGCAGUGGUUCGCCUUCACGAACUGCCAUGGGGCGAUUGGCCUCUCAAGGGACCUCGCGCGCUGCUAUGGGCACACGAAGUGGGUUUCGGAGGGGUACCUGGAGGCGGACGAUCCUGGAGUGGACAUCCACUUGCUGUGCUGCCGCCUCCUCGAGCUGGGCGUGGUCUACGAUCAGCUCCACGUGACCAACACUGCGGCCAUGGAGUUGGUCGGGCGGACCCUCCAGACGCAGGAGGAACUGUACCGAGACAGGUUCGCGGCGUCUUCGGAAUUCGGCUCAGACGCUGCGCUGAUGUCGGGUGCUCUGGACGCUGGCGGCAACGUGUGCGUAGCCCCUGCUCUGAGGGACUGGCUGGCCGCCGAGAAGGCGCGCGAGGCCAACAUAGCCAAGGAGCGGCGCAAGGCACCUCUGGCGACGGGCGCGGCAGCGAUGGCCGAGGUCGAGGGCGCGGCCGCGGCCGCGGACGAGGCAGAGACG